CAGAGCUCGCAGAGACCCGAGGAGGCGCCCGCGGCUGCAGAGCUGCAGAACGGGAUCUCUUCAGGCUCUCUGUGUCCGGGCAGCCGGUGCGCAACUGGGCCAGAGGACAGCGCAUCCUUUCGGGGCAGGCCGGCAGGGCCCCUGCGGUCGGCAAGCUGGCUCCCCGGGUGGCCACCGGGACCCCAGAGCCCAAUGGCGGGGGCGGCAGCAAAAUCGACAACACUGUAGAGAUCACCCCCACCUCUAACGGAGUCGGGACCCUCGGAGAUGCGGUGCCCACGGAGCAGCUGCAGGGUGAGCGGGAGCGCGAGCGGGAGGGGGAGGGCAACGCGGGCGGCGACGGACUGGGCAGCAGCCUGUCGCUGGCCGUGCCCCCCGGCCCCCUCAGCUUUGAGGCGCUGCUCGCCCAGGUGGGGGCGCUGGGCGGCGGCCAGCAGCUGCAGCUCGGCCUCUGCUGCCUGCCGGUGCUCUUCGUGGCACUGGGCAUGGCCUCGGACCCCAUCUUCACGCUGGCGCCCCCGCUGCAUUGCCACUACGGGGUCUUCCCCCCCAAUGCCUCUGGCUGGGAGCAGCCCCCCAAUGCCAGCGGCGUCAGCGUCGCCAGCACGGCCCUAGCAGCCAGCGCCGCCAGCCGUGUCGCCACCAGUACCGACCCCUCGUGCAGUGGCUUCGCACCGCCGGACUUCAACCAUUGCCUCAAGGAUUGGGACUAUAAUGGCCUGCCGGUGCUCACCACCAACGCCAUCGGCCAGUGGGAUCUGGUGUGUGACCUGGGCUGGCAGGUGAUCCUGGAGCAGAUCCUCUUCAUCUUGGGCUUUGCCUCCGGCUACCUGUUCCUGGGUUACCCCGCAGACAGGUUUGGCCGUCGUGGGAUUGUGUUGCUGACCUUGGGGCUGGUGGGUCCCUGUGGAGUAGGAGGGGCUGCUGCAGGCUCCUCCACAGGCGUGAUGGCACUCCGAUUCCUCCUCGGCUUUCUGCUUGCCGGUGUUGACCUGGGUGUCUACCUGAUGCGCCUGGAGCUGUGCGACCCAACCCAGAGGCUUCGGGUGGCCCUGGCAGGGGAGUUGGUGGGGGUGGGAGGGCACUUCCUGUUCCUGGGCCUGGCCCUUGUCUCUAAGGACUGGCGAUUCCUGCAGCGAAUGAUCACCGCUCCCUGCAUCCUCUUCCUGUUUUAUGGCUGGCCUGGUCUGUUCCUGGAGUCCGCACGGUGGCUGAUAGUGAAGCGGCAGAUUGAAGAGGCUCAGUCUGUGCUGAGGAUCCUGGCUGAGCGAAACCGGCCCCAUGGGCAGAUGCUGGGGGAGGAGGCCCAGGAGGCCCUGCAGGACCUGGAGAAUACCUGCCCUCUCCCUGCAACAUCCUCCUUUUCCUUCGCUUCCCUCCUCAACUACCGCAACAUCUGGAAAAAUCUACUUAUCCUGGGCUUCACCAACUUCAUUGCCCAUGCCAUUCGCCACUGCUACCAGCCUGUGGGAGGAGGAGGGAGCCCAUCGGACUUCUACCUGUGCUCUCUGCUGGCCAGUGGCACUGCAGCCCUGGCCUGUGUCUUCCUGGGGGUCACCGUGGACCGAUUUGGCCGCCGGGGCAUCCUUCUUCUCUCCAUGACCCUGACCGGCAUUGCUUCCCUGGUCCUGCUGGGCCUGUGGGAUUGUGAGCAUCCUACCUUCCCCACAGUGUGGGCUCAACAAGGGAAACCCAACAGAGAUCUGAAUGAGGCCGCCGUCACCACUUUCUCUGUCCUUGGGCUCUUCUCCUCCCAAGCUGCCGCCAUCCUCAGCACCCUCCUUGCUGCUGAAGUCAUCCCCACCACUGUUCGGGGACGAGGUCUAGGCCUGAUCAUGGCACUGGGGGCUCUUGGGGGGCUGAGCGGCCCGGCCCAGCGCCUCCACAUGGGCCAUGGAGCCUUCCUGCAGCACGUGGUACUGGCGGCCUGCGCCCUCCUCUGCAUUCUCAGCAUUAUGCUGCUGCCAGAGACCAAGCGCAAGCUCCUGCCCGAGGUCCUCCGGGAUGGGGAGCUGUGUCGCCGGCCUUCCCUGCUGCGGCAGCCACCCCCUAACCGCUGUGACCAUGUCCCACUGCUUGCCACCCCCAACCCUGCCCUCUGAGCAGCCUCUAGGUACCCUGAUGGGAGGCUGGCCCACACAGAAAGGUGGCAAGAAAAUUGAGAAGACCGAGUAGGGAAGGGAGGGCUGCCCAGAAGGCUCAGAGGCACCUCACACCAGCCAUCACGGAGCCGCCCCCACCCCGCCUCCUCCCUGCUGCUUUGCGUUCACUUCCCUGGCCAGAGUCAGGGGACAGGGAGAGAGCACCGCACUGUAACCACUGGGUCUGGGCUCCAUCCUGCGCCCAAAGACAUCCUCCCAGACCUCAUUCUUUCUUGCUCUGUCAUUCUGUUUCAAUAAAGACAUUUGGAAUAAAUGAGCAUAUCAUA